AUGGAUUGGAUAUUGACAGGCGAACUGGUCAACAUCUGUAUAUGGGAGGUGGCCAUGAUUGAGGUGGAGGCAGCGACCAGAGAGUCUUCCGGCCACAAACCGUCAGACUCAUUGUAUGUGGCUACAACGCUUGACGAAACAUCCAAUGUUCGUAACUUUCAAUCUCUUCAUGGGGCUUCCGAGCCUGGCUCAUUUUUUGAGACGUGCGGUUCCCCUCGGCACCAGGUAGUGACACAGGAAACAUUUUCGGUUGACGGUAUAACCAUGUUAAACGGAACGGUGAUUGUGAAAUGGGACAUUGGAUGGAUAGCGUGGAUUCCGCCGUUAGGCAAUUUCGGCAUGGAUAGACCUUAUGGAUGUUGCAGAAAUUUUAUAAUGCAAAGUAAUAUUAGUUGCCGUGUAUAUGCCUUAUCAAACCGAGCAAGUUUGGCGGGGUUGAUUGGUGUCUCCGAGCCGCUGCUCAAGCAUUUCCCUGGAAGGUCGGUAAUGGACAACGGCUUCCGGACGAGGACUAACCCAGAACUCCGGUGA